UUUCAUUUCCAUUGGCAACACGACACAACAACCAGGACAUCAUUCACGCAAACAGACAAGCGUAGAACACGGCAAGGCAUUGAGCCCGGGUAACUCGGCUUCACGUCAAUUAGCUCUGGUUGCGACAUUUUGACUGGGUCGCCAUCUACGCCAGCCGACAGGAAUCCAGUAAGUGGCGCAAGACUCAACUUGCAGCUCCUGAUAGCAACCCCCUGCAAGCUGUAGCGCCAUCGCCCUUUUGGCUGCGACAGGCCGCUCGCCCCCUUUGUUGUUGUUUCGGGCCGCAGGUGCAGACACUCCUCGUUCGACGGAUGACGUCCUACACUUGUCCUUCGCACCUGGCGCGACCUCUGCCAGCCCAGACUGAAAACCCUAGCCCCCGUCCCAUUUAACCUUCCGGCCUCGAUCCAUCCACUCCCGCACAGUCACCACAACUCUCCCGUCUUCAUCUACAUUGGUAAACUUAAUUCCCAGUAAUAUUUCCUGACAUCUUUCCAGGGCGUCUUAGCCUCCCGCCCUUCCGCAAAAGAAAACAAAAGGAAAAGAGAACCAGCUCCGUGGGCGCGUGUUACUUCACACUCUUCCUCCCGCUGAACGCCAACCGCCAGCGCCCGGCAGCAUGGCGACCGCCACAUCUGUCAACAAGCCCGUCGACGUCAAGCAGAAGGACGCCGACGUGGCCCGUAAGCUCCAGGUUUAUGGUAUCAUCUCCGCCUUUCAGCACGGAAAAUACCCUUCAAACGACCAGGUAGAUGUUGCUCUCAACAGCUUCCUGACCUCCAAGGCCCUGGCGAGCCCUUCUGAGAAGCUCUCACCAGAGGGCCGAGCUCUUGUGGCCGACUUCCAGGACGUCGUGCGCAAGGCUCAGCACCUGAUCCUGUCCAAGAACGCGGGAAACCUCCUGCAGGAUUUUGGCUGGCAGACGUCGCACUUCGACCCCAAGUCUCUGCAGGCUCCUGGCGCUCCCGUGGAUAAGGAGACCGCCAAAGCCCAUGGAGACCGUGCCGCCGAAGGUCUCCGGACACUAGGCAGGUUGAUCAUCACCAAUGGCCAGUUCCGCAAACUACUCAAGGAUGCGACCAUCAUCUUUAGGGACAUGGCCGGCGAUGCGGCCACCAAGGCUGCUGCCAGCGUCCGACCCUCAGAAGCCGAUCUUGCCCAGAUCGAUCGCCCGGCUGAUGACAACACCUGGCACGAUGCUCCGGAUUUUUCCAAGGGCAAUCUGAAGAAGCAGGUUCAGGGUGCAUACAGCAAGGGCCCGGCCAACAACAAGACCUCCAACAGUGACGCGGGCGCGACUCUGGCCAAUAGCCUACAGACCGGACAGGAACCUACGGAUGCCCUGGCAUCAGCCGCUGGCGCUUCUCCCUCAGUCCCAGUUGACCAGGCCCGAGCAGAGGAGCUGACUGCCGAAGGCAAAGAAGCGGCUCGGGCCAAGACCCAAGAGUAUCGGGAACGUACCAAGCGCUACUUGGAGCAGAAGAUGCCCCAGGACAGGCGUGAGCAGGCCAUCUGGCGCUUGAAGAAAAUGAUCAUCGAGUGCCAGCAGCAUCCCGACUACCAGCACGCCAUACAGACACUUCUCGACCUUGCUGAGCAAUAUGGCCGUCACGCCAGGGUGCUUGGUCAAGAGGGCUCCGGCACUGCUAAGGAGGCCAGGUCAUCCAGCCUUGGUCAAGCCGAGGCCGACCUGAAGGUCCUGAUUGAGCGAUUUGCCAAUGGAACGUCCACCGACGACCUUUGGGCCGCCAUCGGCCAGAUAUACCGCGAUGCUGAUCGUGACCCUGAGCUACGCGACUGGUUCAGAGACACCAAUGCCUAUGUGCGGAGGUGCCUGAAGGAGCAGGGCUACAUCUUGGAUGAUUCAUCGACUGAGGAGUGGAACCAUCUCUACGACCACGGCAACUAUCUCCUGCGGGAGAAAUACAAGACCCACACAGACCGAAUCGUCGACGAGAUCAAGUUCCUGAUCGACCAAUUUGACCAAGACCCCCAGAACAAGUCCUUCGGUGAGGCUGUCAAGAAGCUGUUCAACGACCUGGGCAACGACGAGAACGGCAAGCCCAAGUUCAAGAAGCAUCUAGUGAAGGAUCUGACCGACAUCAUCAUUCCCGCUAUUUUCGAGAAUAUCGCCUAUGUUCCGGUCCCUCGCAUAGAGUUCUCGGAUCAUCAGGUGGAUGCGGUGAUCGAAAACCUCGUCCUGGAGAGCGACAACUUCACCCCCAACCUGCUCGAUGUGCACAGCGAGAACUACAUGCGCUGGGGGCGCAAGAAGAUCAGCUCAAAGAACAAGCACUCCGCCGAGGUCCAUGUUUCGGGCAUCCAGAUGGACCUCCGUGAUGUCAGCUACUACGUCAAGCGCAAGCAGGGCUUCCCGUCUCUCACGGACACAGGCCGUGCCGACAUCUUCAUGGGUGGCGACGGUUUCUCCUUCAAGCUCAAGAUAUCGACGCCCGAUGAGAAAGAUGUUCAGAAGUUCUUCAGGGUCGAUAAGGUCGACGUGGACGUUAAGAACCUCAAGAUCAAGCUCCACGAGUCGAAGCACAAGCUUCUGUUCAGCAUCGCGCAGCCACUGCUGCUCAAGGUGAUGCGGCCGGCGCUCCAGAAGGCCCUGGGCAAGGCGAUUCGGGACAAUUUCAACCAGCUCGAUCAGCUCCUUUUCAAGCUUAAGCAGGAGGCCGAUCGCGGGUUAGAGCAGGCCAAGUCUGAUCCGGAGAACGUCCCCAACAUCUACAGUCGGUACGCUUCGGCUGUCCAGCGCGAGGUCCUCGAAGGGAAGAAGAAGGCGGAGAAAGUGGCGGCCGACAAGAAGGUCAACUACGCCGUGACUCAAAACGACAGCAUGUUCCCCGAUGUCAAGCUCCCGGGCGGCAUCAGCUCCAAGGCCACCGAGUACCGCGAGCUCGCGCUUAAGGGAGACCGAUGGGAGAGCCCCGUGUUCUCCAUCGGGAAAGCUUCCAAGAGCAAAGACCUGCCGCCGCCACCCCAGGUUGUCCGCAAGCCGCACUCCGUUGCUAGCGGUGCUACAUCCCAGAACAGCCUUGGAGGUCAGCAGCCGCUGGCACAGCCCGGGAUCCAGGCCAUGUAGGAAGCAUUUUAUCUGCGUCGGAUCUGUCUCGAUUCUACUCGAGUCUCGUUCGUGGCUUUUUCGGUUUGUUUGAUUCCAGUUUCCCACUUGUCUGAUUGGUUUCCUAUGUCUCGCUUCAGUGAGAACCUCGACUACCCCUACUAUCUCUUCCUGCUGCUUUUGUCUCUGGCAAUGUUGGCAACACAGAGCACCUCAUUUCACAGCACAAUACCUGCAAUUGUCUUUUCCUUUGCGCCUGGGUCGAAUCCUCGGAUUAAUAAUAAUGACAAAAGUCCAUGAAUUUUCAAUAUCCUAGGCUCGAGUCUGAUGUGUUUUCUUGCAAUGGAUACUGGAAAUGGAUACCUAGGAAAAGGUGUGUGGGUCGUCAGUUGCCGUUUGCUAGAAAUGCGCAAGUACGGUAGUUCUUUUUUACGACGUCCAAGUUCCCAAGAUUCAUGUGAAUAUGUUGAUCG